AUAACGGAUUGCAGACAAUUCGGCUCUGAAGUUUUUUGUGCCCUAAACGUUUCACUCUGUAAAAACGAAAAUAGGAAUUAGGGUUUUCAUUCAACAUUAAAUAUUUACAUUGACAAAUUCAAGUUUUCCGCAAUGAAGAACCGGAAUCCCAACCAAAGUGGAAACGGUGACAGAAGAAUGAUGGGUGGGCCAAAACCGAUGACUGUGAAGAAGAAAAAGAGCAUGAAUCGAUUGGGAGGAACUGGAACUGGCCUCUCGCUUCAAGCGUUUGCUAAUGCCAAAUCCACCAACAAUAACUACAAUCCCGCCUUAUUAAAGAAGAAAAGGGAGUUCUAUAAAAAUGUCAAGUAUGUUAACAAGUAUAAGAAGUCAUUAAAGCAACAAAAUCAGGGGAAUAACGGUCUUCCUUCAUCCUCAAGAACCCCAGAGGAUGAGAAUGAAGAAAUAAAUGGCUGGACAAACAAAAUGAAGAAUACAAAGAAGAAAAAUGGUUCGCUCACUUUGAAAGAAGUGUACAAGAAGCAGUGGGAGGAGAAAGAAAAGGCAAUGAUAGAGAGAGAGGCAGCUAUUCAAGCAAAGAAGGAACAGAGAGAGAAAGCUGAAGCUCAGAGGAAGGUGGAAAGGAAGGAAAUGUUCAAAAAGACAAGACAUGGUCAGCCUAUAAUGAAAUACAGAAUCCAUACAGAGUUCAUCUAGUACCUCAGGUGAUACAACUUAGUGGUCUAGAAUUUUGUUAUCUAGUACCUCAGCUGAUAUAGGUUACAUGUGAAACAUUGCAAUUUGCCAAUGUAGUGUUAAAUGCCCGAAACAGGAGACCCUUGAUAGUGCUUUAUAGCCAUGUCUCACAUCCAA